GAAGCCGGUCGGAAGGCGAGAGUGCGAGAGAGAGUGCGCGCGCGCUAUCCUGACGUGUCCCCGUAAAUGUAGUGCCGCGAAAUCCCUCAACGACCGGCAGUUUCCUCGGGCGCGAGCGCCACGUGCGAGUGAGUACGAUGAGUCGCGGGGACGAAUUAGUGGAGCCAGGAAGCCGGCGCGAGUGUCGGCCAGUUUAACUCCCGAGCGGUGACUGAGAAGUACGCGAGGUCCAAACCGAGGAGGAAGAGAGACUGAGGACCCAACCUGGGCCAACUCCGUGGGCGAGUCGUCUGGUUUGGCUAUGGGCUGCACGGAGCCGCGCAGCUCAAGGUGUCAGCGAGACUAUCCUGAGAGCCCAGCGGCCCCCGUCCUACUGGCACUCGUCCUCCUUAUCGUCGUCCUCGUGCUCGCCUUGAGCGCGGAGGCUGCGCUCGAGCAGUCGCUCGACGAUCCUAACGCCAUCGACAUACGCUCGAGCAUCGUUGAGGCACUUGGACUACAAAGAAUACCCGAUCCAGCUAAAGCGAACGUCAGUCAAAUAGAGUACGAGAGAGCACACAAGGAGUACUUGACGAGGUUACGUCGCUCGACCGAAGGAGACACACGGCAAAGGAGACUUUUUACAAUGUAUGGAACAGAUAAGCGGACGCGCGAGGGUAUCGCGCUCAGCUUUCCGCUAACCGUCGACGAAUCCGAGAACGUCCUGGUGGAGUCAGCCUCGCUGAGGCUACUACUCGAUCACAACGAGGAGCCCAGAUCGGGAAGCGUGCAGGUUCGGCUCUACCGAAGACGAGCAGCCGGAACUCGGCGAUGGCUCGUCGAUCAUCGCACAAUCGAGGAGCCCGAGUUUCUUCGACGACGUUGGCUAGAAUUCGACCUCACAGACGUGGUCACCGCUACUCUCGACUCCAAUGCACCUCUGUACCUGACCCUCCAAGUAGUGCACGAGGACGCGAGUCACCUGCGUGGCUUCAUCGUCGCCUCCGCGGCUCUCAACGUCCAUGCCCUCUACCCGGAGAGCUGGGCGCCACGGCGCCGACGUUCGAUCGGCUCCUUGGCACGAGAGCAGCUGAUGUCGCUCCACCGAGGCCGUCGCACCGAGUGUCACGGAGACGCGAAACGCUGCUGCCGUCACCGUAUGGCCGUCACCUUCAAGGAUCUCGAGGGCUUCGACUUCAUUAUCCAGCCCAAGACCUUCGACGCGGGCUACUGCAAGGGUCGCUGCCCGCCCCGCUACAAUCCGGCCCACCAUCACGCCCUCCUUCAGAGCCUCAUCUGGAAAGAGGAUAGGAAGAAGGCGCCGAGACCCUGCUGCGCCCCGAGCAAACUCGCCGAGCUCGAGAUACUCUACUUCGACGAGAACGACGCUACCAAGCUCAAGGUCUCCAACUGGAAGGACAUGCGCGUACUCGAGUGUGCCUGCUCCUGAGCCCCCAAGGCCAAAGCGCUAAGCAGUAUUCCUUGGGGAUCGGCUCGUCGUUCGUUAUGGUUUCGAGCGGUUACACA